CAAUACCAAUUCUAACAACCUUAAUUGGAAAUAACGACACUAAAGAUCUGAAAUGGCUUCCACUUCCACUGCCGUGGCGACACCUGUCAUGAAGCGAUCAACAACCAUAGCCGACAGCAUGCCCGACGCAAUAGGCGAAAACCCUUAUCAUAUGAAGAAAUGCUUGAUCAAGUAUACUGAAAAGGGCAAGAGAUUGAUGAAACUUCGACACUUAAUGGACGAGAUGAGGAAUGUUAUCGUAGAUCAAACCGAAAGGGCUCGAGUCCUCGAUGGCUUGCUUGGUUACAUCUUGUGCAACACUCAGGAGGCUGCAGUGGUUCCUCCUCUUAUCGCCUUUGCUGUUAGGCCUAAUCCUGGAUUCUGGGAAUUCGUUAAGGUUAACUCCAAUGAUCUAAAUUCUGUGGAGGGAAUAACCGCAACAGAAUACUUGAAGAUCAAAGAAAUGAUCGUAGAUGAGAAUUGGGCUAAAGAUGAAAACUCACUUGAAAUUGAUUUCGGGGCUAUUGAUUUCAAGUCCCCUAGAAUGAACCUAUCAUCUUCCAUUGGAAGUGGGAUGAGUUUCAUCUCGAAACACCUUUCUUCAAAGCUCUACGGCAGCUCUCAACCGCUUGUCGACUACCUUCAAUCCUUGAAUCUCGAAGGAGAGAAACUGAUGAUCAAUAAGACCCUUGACAACCCUACUAAACUUCAAAAUGCGUUAAUCCUUGCCGACGUUGCCCUGUCGUCGCUUCCCAAUGAAACUCUGUUUCAGGAUUUCGAGACGAGGUUUAAGACAUGGGGGUUCGAGAAAGGAUGGGGAAGUAACGUUGGAAUAACUAAAGACACCAUGAGAUUAUUGUCUGAAGUGCUCCAGGCACCUGACCCGUCAAACAUGGAGAGGUUCUUUAGUAGACUUCCAACUGUUUUUAAAGUUGUCAUGUUCUCUGUUCACGGUUACUUUGGUCAGUCCGAUGUUCUUGGCUUGCCCGACACUGGAGGGCAGGUUGUGUAUGUGUUGGACCAAGUUGUGGCUUUGGAACAAGAGUUGUUGCAAAGAAUCAAAGAUCAAGGCUUAAAUGUGAAGCCUCAGAUACUAGUUGUAACUCGACUUAUACCCGAGUCUAAGGGGACCAAGUGCAACCAAGAGAUCGAACCAAUCGAUAACACAAAACACUCUUACAUCCUUCGUGUACCCUUCAACACGCAAAAUGGAGUCCUCCGCCAAUGGGUUUCCCGUUUCGACAUAUACCCUUACCUCGAAAAGUUCACGCAUGAUGCAACGGAGAAAAUCCUCGAGAUAAUGAAAGGAAAACCGGAUCUUAUCAUUGGAAACUACACAGAUGGGAACUUGGUGGCGUCUCUCAUGGCUAACAAACUCGGGAUAACUCUGGGGACGAUUGCGCAUGCUUUGGAGAAAACUAAAUACGAGGAUUCAGACUUAAAAUGGAAGGAAUUGGACAAAAAAUACCAUUUCUCAUGCCAAUUCACAGCCGAUACCAUUGCAAUGAACGCAGCAGAUUUCAUAAUCACCAGCACUUACCAAGAAAUCGCCGGAAGCAAGGAUAGGCCAGGGCAAUACGAAAGCCAUGCAGCGUUUACUCUUCCAGGGCUUAAUCGAGUAGUGUCGGGCAUAAACGUGUUCGAUCCUAAGUUCAAUAUUGCUUCUCCCGGAGCUGAUCAAUCCGUGUACUUCCCUUGUACAAUGACUGAGAAACGAUUCAAGCAGUUUCGUCCCGCCAUUGAAGAGCUACUCUUUGGUAACGUGGAGAACGAUCAACACAUAGGUUAUUUGAAAGAAAGGGAAAAGCCUAUUGUGUUCUCCAUGGCUAGAUUGGACAUAGUGAAGAACAUAUCCGGGUUAACAGAGUGGUACGGGAAGAACAAACGGCUGAAUACCUCGGCCAACCUUGUGGUGGUCGCCGGAUUCUUUGAUCCUGAGAAAUCCAAGGACAGAGAAGAAGCGGCUGAGAUCAAGAAAAUGCACGUGUUGAUUGAGAAAUACAAACUGAGGGGAAAGAUAAGAUGGAUCGCGGCACAGACGGACAGGAACCGGAAUGGAGAGCUUUACCGAUGUAUCGCCGACACAAAAGGUGUUUUCGUCCAACCGGCGCUUUAUGAGGCGUUUGGUCUCACGGUCAUUGAGGCCAUGAACUGUGGAUUGCCCAUUUUCGCUACCAAUCAGGGAGGGCCAGCCGAGAUCAUCGUUGAUGGUGUUUCUGGCUUCCAUAUUGAUCCGACCAAUGGAGAUCAAGCUGGAGAUAAGAUCGCUGAUUUCUUCCAGAAAUGCAAAGAUGACUCGGGUUACUGGAGCAAGAUUUCAAAUGCUGGAUUACUAAGAAUUGAAGAAUGCUAUACAUGGAAGAUCUAUGCAAAAAAGGUGCUGAAAAUGGGAUCAAUAUAUGGCUUCUGGAGACAGUUAAAUAAAGAACAGAAACUAGCAAAGAUGAGAUACAUUGAAAUGCUCUACAAUCUCCAAUUCAGGAAACUGGCGAAAAGUUUAACUCCAACACCUGUUGAAACAAAGCCUGAUGAACAACCUAAGGAAAAACCUAAACCAAAGCUCUCAAGCAGGUUAACUGGAUCCCGGAAGUAAGCUCAAGGCUAGAAAGUGCAAUGGGAUUUAUUUGAAUCAUCAUAUGAUUGUAAAAUAUGUAAUAAAUUUCAACAUAACCAAGUUGUUUGAUUCAGCAAAAUAAAAAAAAAGUACAUUUUUCUUUC